UGCUAUAUUCUUUCCAUACGUAGAGCCCUACCAGUCCAUCAGAGGAAAGAAGACUCGGGAUAAAAAAGGAAGCGUGUAAUAUAUAAUAAUAAUUAUUAUUAUUAUAUAAUUAUAAACACAUUAGAAUAUAUGAUCAAUGUUUAAUAUCUCACAAAAGGACUACAUCCCAAAUGGCACCCUAUUCCCUAUUUAGUGCACUACUUUCUACCAUGGGCCUUGGUCAAAAGUAUUGCACUAUAAAUAAGGACUGGGGUGGCAUUUUGGACACAGACAAAGAGAUGGUGGUGUAGAGGCGAGUUAUCCUCAUGUCCAACAGUGGUACACAAGACCUUCUUUGGUAUCAUUCAUUAUUCAACCAGGAUGAAUUAAUGUCAAGGACAAGCAUUUACUGAUGGAUUACAUGGCCUCCUAGCCUCCUCAACAGUUACUACGGUGAAGUCAGCCAUGCAGACACAAACGGGAAUAUGCAUCAUUCCUAUUCCAGCGAGCUGGAUCACAUGCAUUUAUUCAUCCUGCCUAAUGCUCGAGGCAGAGCGGGCCUGUCUUAGAUAGUGGAUGUUUCCCAAAUGGCACCCUAUUCCUUAUGUAGUGCACUACAUUAGACAGAGAGCCUUAUCAAAAGUAGUGCACUAUAUAGGGCAGGGGUAUUCAACUCUUACCCUAUGAGAUCCGGAGCCUGCAGGGUUUUCUGUUCUACCUGAUAAUGAAUUGCACCCACCUGGUGGGUCUAAAUCAGUCCCUGUGUUUUCCACGUUUGGGAGGAAGUGCUCAGGGACGAAGGUGGCUCAGAUGUGGGGAUACAGUACUUCAGAGAAGUUGGAGUUGUAAGGUGACUCAGAGGGAGAGAUGUGGGGAUACAGUACUUCAGAGAAGUUGGAGUUGUAAGGUGACUCAGAGGGAGAGAUGUGGGGAUACAGUACUUCAGAGAAGUUGGAGUUGUAAGGUGACUCAGAGGGAGAGAUGUGGGGAUACAGUACUUCAGAGAAGUUGGAGUUGUAAGGUGACUCAGAGGGAGAGAUGUGGGGAUACAGUACUUCAGAGAAGUUGGAGUUGUAAGGUGACUCAGAGGGAGAGAUGUGGGGAUACAGUACUUCAGAGAAGUUGGAGUUGUAAGGUGACUCAGAGGGAGAGAUGUGGGGAUACAGUACUUCAGAGAAGUUGGAGUUGUAAGGUGACUCAGAGGGAGAGAUGUGGGGAUACAGUACUUCAGAGAAGUUGGAGUUGUAAGGUGACUCAGAGGGAGAGAUGUGGGGAUACAGUACUUCAGAGAAGUUGGAGUUGUAAGGUGGCUCAGAGGGAGAGAUGUGGGGAUACAGUACUUCAGAGAAGUUGGAGUUGUAAGGUGACUCAGAGGGAGAGAUGUGGGGAUACAGUACUUCAGAGAAGUUGGAGUUGUAAGGUGACUCAGAGGGAGAGAUGUGGGGAUACAGUACUUCAGAGAAGUUGGAGUUGUAAGGUGACUCAGAGGGAGAGAUGUGGGGAUACAGUACUUCAGAGAAGUUGGAGUUGUAAGGUGACUCAGAGGGAGAGAUGUGGGGAUACAGUACUUCAGAGAAGUUGGAGUUGUAAGGUGACUCAGAGGGAGAGAUGUGGGGAUACAGUACUUCAGAGAAGUUGGAGUUGUAAGGUGACUCAGAGGGAGAGAUGUGGGGAUACAGUACUUCAGAGAAGUUGGAGUUGUAAGGUGGCUCAGAGGGAGAGAUGUGGGGAUACAGUACUUCAGAGAAGUUGGAGUUGUAAGGUGACUCAGAGGGAGAGAUGUGGGGAUACAGUACUUCAGAGAAGUUGGAGUUGUAAGGUGACUCAGAGGGAGAGAUGUGGGGAUACAGUACUUCAGAGAAGUUGGAGUUGUAAGGUGACUCAGAGGGAGAGAUGUGGGGAUACAGUACUUCAGAGAAGUUGGAGUUGUAAGGUGACUCAGAGGGAGAGAUGUGGGGAUACAGUACUUCAGAGAAGUUGGAGUUGUAAGGUGACUCAGAGGGAGAGAUGUGGGGAUACAGUACUUCAGAGAAGUUGGAGUUGUAAUGUCUACCGCUGUCAGACGCCUCUUCACCCAAAAUCCUAAAUGCAUGUAUAGACCAUAUCACUGUAUUUGUGUAUCAGCAGUUGACUGUUUUUAGUCAAGACUAAAUAAACCCCCAUCAGAGAGGCUGAAAGGAAAGAAGCUCUGAGCUGGUGCAGGUGGCUCACAGGGUGAGAGGUUGGAUAUAGUGGUCUAGUGGAGUUGAAGUCGUGGCUAUCAUUAACCCACACUGGGGGGUUGCACCAACUGAAAUUCUAAUGAUUUUAGAUUUUGUCAAAAUCAACCACCAACAAACAUACCGGUCGGCUGUUGUUUUUGUUCUUUUGCGACCUCUGAAAUAUGAGCUUGUGCAUAAUGAAAACAACUAAUUAGAAUGUUAAAAGUCAAAGUCCAAAAGUAAACGAGUAAUUAACUACAAAGAGUGUGUGUGUGUGUUUGUGUCAUUGAGGUCAAUCUAGUGUAUCACGUGACAGAGUAAUUAGCUAAUAGAAUAGUGACCAGACUUAUGGCUUCAGGAAGUGUUCACUCCCCUUGACUUUUCCCACAUUUUGUUGUUACAGCGUGAAUUUAAAAUGGAUUACAUUUAGAGUUUGUGUCUUUGGCCUGCACACAAUACUCCAUAAUGUCAAACAACAAUUAUGUUUUUUUGACAUUUCUACAAAUGAAAAGCUGAAAUGUCUUGAGUCCAGAAUGGGUAGGGUAGCCUAGUGGUUAGUGCGUUGGACUAGUAACCGAAAGGUUUCAUGUUCAAAUCCCCGAGCUGACAAGGUACAAAUCUGUCGUUGUGCCCCUGAACAGGCAGUUAACCCACUGUUCCUAGGCCGUUAUUGAAAAUAAGAAUUUGUUCUUAACUGACUUGCCUGGUUAAAUAAAGGUUAAAAAAAGAAGGAUUCAGUCCCUUUGUUCUGGCAAGCCUACAUAUGUUAAGGAGUGAAAAUGUGCUUCACGUGUCACAUAAUACACCCAGUCACUCCAAAGAUACAGACAUCCUUCCUAACUCAGUUGCCUGAGAGGAAGGAAACGGCUCAGGGAUUUCACCACUUUAGAACAGUUACUGAGUUUAAUGGAGAAACCUGAGGAUGGAUCAACAACAUUGUAGUUAUUACUCCACCAAUACUAACCUAAAUGACAGAGUGAAAAGAAAGAAGCCUGUACAGAUUAAAAAUGUUACAACACAUGCUUCCUGUUUGCAAAAAAGUAAAGUAAAACAGCAAAACAUUUUCUCAAGCAUGGUGGUGACUGCAUCAGGUUAUGUGUAUGAAUCUUUUAGUAUAAAACCCCCAAAAAGAAUAGAGCUUAGUACAGGCAAAAUCCUAGAAGAAAAUCUUGUUCAGUCUGCUUUCCACCAGACACUGGAAGACAAAUGAACCUUUCAGCUGGACAACAACCUGAAACACAAGGCCAAAUAUACAUUGGAGUUGCUUACCGAGACAACGUUGAGUAGCCUAGUUACAGUUUUGACUUAAAUCGGCUUGAAAAACUAUGGCAAAACUUGAAAAUGGCUCUCCAGCAAUGAUCAGCAACCAAUUUAACAGAGCUUGAAGAAUUGUAAAAAUAAAAAUGUGCAAAUAUUGCACAAUCCAGGUGUGCAAAGCUCUUAGUCUCACAGCUGUAAUCUCUCCCAGAAAGACUCGCUGCUGUAAUCACAGCCAAUGGUGAUUC